GCCCCUGGCGGCGCGAGCGAGCAGCGGCCCUGUUGCGAGCGCCCCAACCUCCACUCGCGGCGGCGCCGACGACAGACGCCGCCCGCGCCACCGUUGACGCCGUCUGCCGCACCAUCUCGCGGCCACGCAGUGAGCAUCUCGGUCGCCUCCUUCUCCCAAGAUCCCUCCGCCGCCUUAUUCUGCCAAGAUCCCUCCGUCGGCUCCUUCUACGAAGAUCCUUUCCUGCGCCCUUCACGCCAAGAUCGCUCCAUCGUCCGUCUUCUCCGACACCGAGCUGGGUUUCUAUCCUCUAAGUUAUAUCCGCACCGUUACCUUCUCUCCUCAUCUGCUGGUAGAUGUGGACCUGGUGCCGUGAGAUCCGUCCGGCUCUUCACCUAGGGUUAAUUGAUUGAUGAGAUAGAUUCAGCUAGCUGUGGAGGUGGUCGUUUCUCUCAGCUCACAUUUAGAUCAGAUUGGCUUGUACCUGUACCUGGAUAGAUGUUCACUUGCUUGAGACAUAUGCUUUAUGUGUACAAAGCAGCAAUAUUUUCGUAUGCAUCAGAAGCUAUACAAUUUUGAAUGGGACACCCUACUUGUCCACAACACUUCUUUUAGUUCGUGAUUUUAUCAUAAAACCAGGGUUUUUUGUGAUUGCUGUUGCAUGUAUGUGAGGAUUACAACACAUCAUGGCAGAGCAUGUAUCCCUGUGUCAACACAUAGUAGUGGCUGAAUCUUAGCUGAAUUGAUUUACACUGUCAACACAUUACACUAGACGAAGUUGCUCAUAGCAAUAAGAGCAUAAGGAAUGAUGUGGUUUUCAGGAUGCGUGGACCUUAGACACAUAUCAUCCCCAGCCUUCCCUUUCAGCACAUAUCAUCAUACACGCUGGACCUCCUAUCCUCUCCCAGCAAUAUGCCACUGGGGUUAAAAACUAGAUGUUAUUUGAACAGUUCCCUGUGGAAUAUGAUGCCGCUGGGGUUAAAAAGUAGAUGUUAGUAGUAUUCCCGUAAUCAAAUAUUGAUGCUUUAGUAAUGUGUUGAACAGUUCCCUGUUUUGAACAACUAUUAAUUUUAUCCUUCAAAUAGUAGCAUAACAGAAGAUUGCGUUGUUCUCAGAAUCAAAUAUGAUUGAUGAACUAGGGUGAUAUACUUGAAGAUUCAAGUUGACUGUCUGUACUGGUUGUCUGAAAAUCAAUCUCAGUUUUUUUGUUGCUUAACCUGAUAUUAACAGUAACGUAUGGUAAUGGGGUUGCUAUAUUUAAAUUCCAUCUACAUUUUUAUAUAGGGGGAUGUGCUGUUGUAAUAUAACUGUAAUAUCUAUUUUUUUAUAGGAACCUGCAACUUUUGUUCUAGUUGGAGUGGACGAACCACCGCCAUCUUAGGACCCAGUCAGCACACCUGAUUUUGAUUUCUUGGAGUUGCAUGUUUUUGGGAACCAAGUAUUACUCAACGUGAUUAGGCUCUGGUUCAUAUCAUGGAUCAACAGCCCAAAGACGAUAUUGAUAUUUUUGAACCAACGGUGACCUUAGAUCAAACACAUUAUCAAGAGGGUUAUAAAAAUGGCUAUGAUGAUGGCUUGGUGUCUGGAAAGGAAGACGGGAGGCAGGUUGGUCUAAAGAUGGGUUUCCAGGUUGGUGAAGAACUGGGAUUCUAUAAAGGUUGUUUGGAUGUGUGGAUGUCAGCAAUUCGCCUUGAUCAAGAUGCAUUCUCAGCUCGAGUCAGAAAGAACAUGGAACAACUAGCUGCACUACUGAGCAACUAUCCUUUGUCUGAUCCAGAGAAUAACCAGGUUCAAGAAAUGAUGCAGAACAUCAGGAUGAAAUUCAGGGUUAUCAUGGCAAGCUUAGGAGCAAAAUUGGACUAUGAAGGUCGCCCCACAUCUUCUAAGGAAGACUUUUAGGAUCUGUAGUCUGUAGCUGGUUUAGCAUUAUGGAUAGGCUCCUUGUGGAUUAUCAAAUCUCAGUUACCACUUUGAAAGUGAUUUUUGAUAUCAAUAUCUUUGCCUUUUGGUUUUGUGGUUGUGAUGUUCCGUUUCAUGAAUAUGGCUAUAGACAUGUAAGGACUUACGGUGCUAGAGAUAGCUGAGGGUACCUGAAGCACUACUGUAUCUAAGUAUCUAAGGUCCACUUCAACUUUAAGAAAUUUUCAGUCAUUUUUCUA